AAAUACAUGAUGAAGUUGUGUAUCGCGCGCAGCCUUUUGUUUCAUUCACUUUCUAUAGGGAGCCAAUGAUGCGUGUUUCGGUUUUGUAAAUGGACAAAACCUUUCGGGGGGAAAACCGCAGAUUUUUAUUGCUGAAUUCGACAACGGAAGUAAUAAACGACAUGGCGAUUUGUUUGGGGCCCUCCGGGUCGGGGAAAACGCUUCUGUUGAAGAAGCUGCAGAAUGUUAAAGCGGUGGACAACACCACGACUUCGGUCUCCACGGUAGGAACUGAUAUGUUUACCAUUAAAAUCUCCUCUGGCGAUGUGGAGAAGCAGAUAGUAGUGCGGGAGGUCGGUGGCGUGAUGGCGCCUCUUUGGCCCAAGUACUUCGACGGCAUCAAGAAGGUACUGUACGUGGUGGACACUUCCAACUUAUGUCAGAUAUCUGCAGCCGGAGUCCUUUUAUACACGAUAUUGCUCGAUCCCAGAUUGAAGAAAGCUAAGAUUUUACUCAUCCUCACCAAGAUGGACGUGAGCUACAGGCAGAUGAGGAACGAAGCUUUGCUAAUGCUUCAAAUGAGAAGGCUGAAGAGGGAAAUUACCCAGAACAUAACAAUUGUCGAAGCGAGCGCGAUAACAGGAGAAGGAAGGAACGACAUUUUGAACUGGCUGAACGAUAAAACUAUCAAGCAAACUUAAUUUUCUAUUUAAAUAAGGAAUUGAGCAAAAUGUAUGGAUCAAUUGGCUACAAGCCACUGGUAAUCAGAAACAAUUGGACAAUUCAUCUCACUUACUUUAUCUAUCAAGUUUACAUAAUUCUCUUAGAUUGAUGCACAUUCAUCUUAUUAAGGACAA